AUGGGAAGCAAUUGGUCCUGGCCCUGUGGAAAUCGUGAAAAGCCUCGAUACAAAGUGACUACUGGAAAAGCAAAAGGCCACAAAAAGAAGCCUCUUCUAAUAGCCCGAGUCCAAGCCGAAUCUAUGCCUAUAUCAAGGCUUAUCUUAAUAUUUAAAAACGAAUUCAAAACCCCAAUGCCAAGCUAUAUUAUAAACCACCCCACAAGCCAAGACAACUCUAUAGUGAUUAGCCAAAUCCCAAGUGAUAUUUUUACAUUUAAAUCUCCCAAUGGCACCUACUCAUUUUCCAGAUUUCCAUUAUCCGGCGCAAGUCCAUCUGACUGAUGUGAAAGUCUCCAAGACCGCUUAGCAUCUCCUAUCUAUACAAACCAAUCCCUUAUAGGCUGCUGCAUCGAAGAAUCAGGACUUGUCCACCUUUUGCAUAGCCGACAUAGUAUAGAUGAACAAUUAUUACCAAUCUAUAUAGUAAAGCAUAUAGGUCGAAAUCUUUCUAAUGAAACUCUUAAACGAGCAAUUAACGAAGAAAGAGGAAACCUAUUUAAAGCUUGCUUUAUUUAUCAAGAAGAAUUAAUCUUAAUUAUGGAACUCUCACAAACUCCACAAGAUAUCACUUAUUAUGUUGUUGAAUAUCCACCUCAAGAAUUAGAUCGGCCUGGCUUCGAAGCUGGGCUUUCAGGGAAAAUCGAGAUGUGUAUAUCAAAACAAGAGUUAAAAUUUGCAGGGAUGGUAGCAGGCUAUAGCACCCUUUAUUUAAUUUUUGCACAGUAA